UUCAGCACCGACCAUCGCCUGAGCCCUUCGCUUUCUCCCGUAGUUUGGGCCAGACGCCCCGCCGUAGGGCGGUUGCUAUAGGGACUGGCAGCGCGGCCUGGCGCAGAGGCGGGCUGUGCCCGGCGCGGCCUGGGAGUUGCUCUGUGGCUGUUCGCAAGGGCCGGAGACGGCGGUGGCGCCGGCGCCGCGGAGUCACCAUGUCGUUCCGGGAUCUCAGGAAUUUUACUGAGAUGAUGAGGGCUCUGGGAUAUCCCCGACUCAUCUCUAUGGAGAAUUUCCGCACUCCAAACUUCAUGCUGGUUUCAGAGAUGCUUCUUUGGCUAUGCAAAAGAUAUGAACCUCAGACCGAUGUUCCUUCUGAUGUUGAGACAGAGCAGGACCGGGUUUUCUUCAUUAAGGCAGUAGCUCAGUUUAUGGCUACGAAAGCUCAUAUAAAGCUCAACACAAAGAAGCUUUACCAAGCAGACGGCUAUGCAGUGAAGGAGCUGUUAAAAAUAACUUCUGUGCUUUACAAUGCCAUGAAAACCAAAGGAAUGGAGACCACCUCAGUGUCCGAGGAAGAAAGCAGCAAAUUCAAGUUUGACCUUGGCUCAAAAAUUGCUGAUUUGAAGGCAGCCAGGCAGCUUGCUUCAGAAAUCACAUCCAGAGGAGCAUCUCUGUAUGAUUUACUUGGCAAAGAGGUGGAGUUGAGGGAAUUGAGAACGGAAUCCAUUGCGAGACCUCUGGAGAUAAAUGAGACUGAAAAGGUGAUGAAAAUUGCCAUCAAAGAUGUUCUGGAACAAGUCCAGAAGACUAAGGACAUGUUGAAUAACGUGGCCUCGGAUGAAGCCAACUUGGAAGCCAAGAUUGAAAAGAGAAAACUGGAACUGGAAAGAAACCAGAAGCGACUACAGACCCUACAGAGUGUCCGACCAGCCUUUAUGGAUGAGUACGAGAAGAUCGAGGAGGAGCUGCAGAAACAGUAUAGCAAUUAUCUCGAAAAAUUCCGUAAUCUGGCCUAUCUGGAACAGCAACUGGAUGAUCAUCACAGGGUAGAGCAGGAGAGGUUUGAGGAAGCAGAAAACACACUACGCCUGAUGCAGAACAGGCUGAAGGAGGAAGAAAAACGCCUGCUCAAGAGUGGAAGUAAUGAUGAUUCAGACAUAGAGAUCCAAGAGGACGAGGGAUCUGAUAGUGAAGAGGAAGACAGGCAGCUAAUAAAGCAGCGCACGGCCAUGGAGAUCCUGAUGCAAGGGAGACCCAACAAACGGAUCGUGGGGACGAUGCAAGGUGGAGAGACAGAGGAUGAUGUGGGAUCAGCCCAAGCCCAACCAGGUAAACACAAGACCUCCAGCACCAAGGCACAGGAGGAGUCGGAGGAUAGUGAGAUUGACCUGGACGAUGAUGAAGACGAUGAUGAUGAUGACCUUGAAGAUGACAGCAUGGAAAUCUCUCCCAGCAAGGCCAAUCGCCGGGCCAGGAAGCCAGAGCCACUGGAAGAGAGUGAUAAUGACUUCUGACUCUCCUUCGGAGGUGGAACCACUCAACAUCUCGAGAUGAAAACUUCUGACAGCGAAAGGGUUGGGAAUGUAACACACGCUGCUGUGCCUGCAGGUAUUUUAUAGAGGAAUGAAAUUCGGAGUCAGUAAAUAAUAAAGCUAUGUUCACAGUGACAGUUAAACUUUAAUUGCCAAUCUCCUUCCCUGCUCGUCUUUCCCAAAAUGUGACUCAUUCUGAUGAUAAUUAAAAGUGACGUGAUAUUAAAUACUUGUUUACUUAACCUGUUGGGAAGUGGGAUUGUAUCUGAGCAUUAGAACUAGAGUUCCACACUCCAUGAUGCCAAAGGUUUGAAAACCACUACCAGAUGGUGGGUUAGGCCUUGUCUACACACAAACCUGUACCAGUGUAACUAGUACUGAUUACAACUGACACAAAACCCUUGUGUGGGUACAUUUGAAUUGAUUUAAAUCUGCUUUAUAUUGAUUUAGCCAAAACUGAUUCCUUACCAAAUUAAGGGUUUGUUCCCACACAGAGGUUUCGCCAGUUUAACUAUAGGUGUGAUAUUAAACUAUUAGGGAUAAGCCAUUGCAGAACACUGUGUGGAUGCUGUUAUAUUGGCAUAAACCCAUUUUAUAUCAGUAAUUUAUCUUAAAUCUGUCAGGAAGAGGGUUAAGCGAAACUGCAAUAACCUACUCUUGAACCACCAUCACAGGGCUUUGCAGCAGUUGAACUAAAUCAGCAUAAGCAUCAACCCUUUAGUUAAAGUCCUAAGCCUGUAUGUAGAUCAGGCCGUAGUCUCUUGCAAUGAGUGCAGUCAAAUAGGUCCAAAGUUUGUCUAGCUGCCAUGGGUUUGCCUUCAUUGCAAUGCGUGCCUUACAGGACCUUCCUUCUUUGGAUGUCUUUUGCAUGAUACCACUUGAUAUGACAACUAGGUAGAGAUUCUCUUCCAUAAACAAGCCUAAAAAGUCACAGAAGUCUAUUGUACUAUCAAAUUCUGCUGUCCUCCUGCAUGCUAAACAAGCUGUUUUGUUUAUAUAGAUCCCCAUGUUUCAGAAAUAAAUGUAUUUUCUGCAUUGA